AUUUUAUUUUAUAUUUGAAUUAAAAAUUUUCUCAGACAAAGGAUGUCAGAAAUGGUCACGCCCUGCGGGUCCCGCGCACUGUUAGUCGUGUCACUAUACGCAGGUGCGUGCGUUGGUGCCUCCGCACAUUGCGGCGGACGGGACAUUCCAACGCCCAUCACGUCCAUCACCUCCUUCCUUCUACUUCUCCUGCUGGGUAGUGGUCGAAACAGUAGACGGCACCGGGGGAUGGACGAGUUCAGCUUCCCCACCAUUGCCGCCGACAUGGACUCCCUCUGCCGAUUCCCAUUCCCCCACUUCGCUGCCUCCUCCCCUCUUCGGUUAAUUCCCUCCGGCGAGAAGACGGCCGCCUGUGGCUGCCGGAGAAGCUUCUCGUCCGCGGAAGAAGCCCCGAGGACCGUCGGCCGGCGUCCUGUUGCAGAGGAGCGGAUGGACGUGCUGUGGGAGGACUUCAACCAGGAGGAACUACUGCGCCGGUCGCCCUGCCGUGGGGACAACGUCGAGUUCUGCUGCUUGCGGGUGUUGAACGAGAAGAAGAAGAAGAGCGGCCACGUGGGUCGUCGCAGGCGGGGGAGCUUGACCUUCUCGAUGCUGAAGGCGUUGAAGAAGCUCUUCUUGAUCCCGAAAGCUUCUUCCUCCGGGCGAACUCCAUUCUGCUGAGCCCAAGACUAAUCUCAGCUGCUGCAGCUCAUAGCUUCUUCCAUUCGAUAGAUCAUGCAUCCAAGAAACUGAUGUACAGAUAAAUAGCAGAAAACAAGAAUCCAACAAGUAUAAUUCAGAGAGGCUGUAAUCCUUUGUCCUGUGUCUGCUUAUGGCUGAAGGUAUCUUCUUUUUGUUUCUUCUCCUUCUACUCCACUCUUGUGCGUGUCUUGUUCUACCACCAGUCAGUCUUCCUAGGGUAAAAAAGACAAGGUAUUGGUUAUUGCUCAUGUCUCGGAUCAGUAGUACAUAGUGGUACUGUUCGAAUUUGAU